UGCUAGUAGGCUAGCAAGUGUAUACUUACGUGUAUUAAAUAUCUUGAAUUUUUGAUUUGCUAAAUUAAAAUGAACGUAAACUUGGAAGUCUUUGAGAAUUCCGAUGAUGAAUAUCCCGGACCACCCCCAGAUGGGGAGGAUAAAGCUGGAUCCUCCGACAAUGAGGACUUUAACAAAAUUGAUGAGACCAUAAAGAUAAUAUCAAAAAAUUUGCGCAAAGGCGAUUGGUCAUAUCUCUACCAACAUCUUGAGGUACGCGCUAUAAUACGGGUUAUUGUAACGGAAGCAAUUAAGCAACGCCCAGAAAAUAUAUUCAAAUUUACAGCCGAUCUUUUCAAUUGCAGAAAUAGCAAGUCGCUAAUUGCUAAGAUUAAUAAACAAUUAAAAUGGCUCAAGAAACAGAUGAACGACGGAGUUUGGUCACCAGCCGAGGGUGCGGUUUCAUUUUCACAGAGUAGUACUAGUUCCUUCACUACGAAGAAACAGGAUUGCGAUGACUUUAAAAAAGACUCUGAUGAUGUCGACUCUGACUGUGAUUUGAUGCCCAAUAAAAAUGCGUGUCCUGAAACCUUUAAGCCCAGUUGCUAAAACCGAAUUAAAAAUUGCCAAUGCAUUAACAUUAAAUAUAUUUAAUUGCUCAAUUU